AUGCUGUUGGUUGUCCUCAAGACGGCGUUCGUCGCCUUUUUGGCAUCUACCGUCGUCCACGCGGACGAGGAAAUCUACACCGAUGGGGCUCUCAGCAAUGGUUGGCAAAACUGGGGCUGGAAUACAGUCAUUGAUUGGGCGGCUACGGACCUUUUUGUAGGAACGUCGAGCAUCAAGGCUACCUCUGACGCUUGGGCUGCGGUUUCGCUCAAAGAUCCCGCUACAUUUGAGUCAUAUGCAGGUCUUAAAUUCGACAUUGCCGCAGAUCCAAACUCGCUCCAAAUCUACCUCGAAGGAACGUCAGACAAUGCCAAAUCUCCUUCGAUACCACUCUCCGCCAUCAGCACCUCCAUUAACCCAAACGCUUUUACUACAGUCAUUAUUGAUUUCAACGCACUACCUCCAAGUGGUGCUCUUCUAGGGCCAGGUGCUUGGGACCGGAUCAGCUUACAAGCUCUUGCCAACGGUGCUACG